AUGAAGCCUAGUACAAUCAUAACCGUCAUUAGCGGUGCCAUCGCAUCCUCAGGAACCGUCAGCCUCCCCGAUGAAGGCGAAGAUACACAGGAUACCAGCAUCAACGAAGCGAGACCGCCAGCUACUGAUGAUAUUCCAGGGAAAAACCCGUUCAGUCUCUGCAGGGGCGACCACAGUCGAGACAUUGCUGAGAUCAAUCAGAUAGACCUCAUCCCCAAUCCACCUGUAAAGGGCCAGGAUCUCACAGUUCUGGCGGCCGGAACACUCCACGAUGCCAUCGAGAAAGGGACGGCAGUCGACAUCAAGGUCAAAUUCAUCGGUUCUGUGGUGUACCACCAUCGAUUUGACGUCUGUGACGAAUUAGAGAAGAUGGGGCAAAGCUGCCCGCUGCCCGCCGGCCCCGUCUAUUUCAAUGAAACGUUCCCGAUCAUCAAAAAAAUACCUCACGGAAAUUUCUUUGUGCACGCGGACGCCUGGUCAGGGAAUGGCGCUGCUGUCACCUGCUUUGACGGAAAGCUCAGGUUUUGA